AGAGGAACUGGCUGGUUACGGAUGGAAAAAAAAUGUCUGCUUGAAGAUAUUAUACUAGGGAGAACUAGUACGUAUGAAAUAGUUUACUGCUUGAAACAACAGACGGCCUGAUAGUGCAACAACACAUUCAACACGACCAGAACGGCGGUUGAAGAAGAGAAACCGCGCUUGCGGUUCUUGCAGAAGUUUCAACUAGUCUGUAUUUAAAAGUUCUCUUGCAAAUUGCAAUUGUUACAUCACAAGAUUCUUGUUUCUAUACCAAAUAAAAGCCCCACAACUACCACAAAAUGCCGCAAAACGAGUACAUCGAGGAGCACCAGCGCCGGUUCGGUAAGCGCCUGGACCAUAUGGAUUGCAAAAAUGUCUGUGUCUGGAAGAAUGGAACUUGUCAUGCUGUCUGCGGAUUCUAAAAGUAUCUGUGUUGCAUGAGCAGCAAGAGGAGUCAGUCUGUGGCACGUCGCGGAGAGGGCAUAAUUUCUCAUGCGUAAUUAGCAUCAAGAAGCUCUCAAAAAAUCUGUUGUGCUACUAGCACCAGCAUCACAGACCUCAUUGGUGAUGCGAAAUGUGCAUGACAAGCCCCGACUCUUCCAGACCCAGACACUUUUGCAUUUGAUAGACCAUGAGGAGCGAAAGCGGAAGAAGCAGGCCAGGGAAGUGAAGAAGAAUGCCAAACUCGCGAAAAAAUUGACCGGGAUCUAUCCUAUGUAAAAACGUCCCCACCCCAGAGUCAAGAUGGGGAUUUUGCAGCACAAACCUUGAAGUUUUGGGAACCACGCAUGACAAAUUGCAGGCUGUAGCGUAGUGCAGUUUAGCAAGGGAAGCCGCAUAACAAAUCGAUAUCCUUAGGCUGUUUACAGCAUUACAAGUUCCAAAACACAAUUGAUAAUGCCCCGCAUGGGAUCGCGCAUUACAAACGCUCUUGUGCUUGCAGAUCUGCAUCACAACUCUGGGGUGGGGACGUUUUUACUCAGGAUAGGAUCAAGGCAAAAAUCUUCCACAAGAAGCGGUACACCGAGAAGGCACAGAUGAAAAAGACUUUGAAAGUAUCACAAGGAAAAAUCCCCCUUCCCCAUAUCAAAACGGAAUCUCUCAUGCUGGAUUUCCAUACACAAAUCAGAUUUGUCUUGCAGUAGAGGAAUGCAGGCAUAUGCCCAGCCUCAGUCGAGAGGUUUUGACGUAGGCGCCUAGCAUGACAAACGUGUAUGCUCUAAGCCAAACAGCAUCACAAACCGCCUGCAAAAUGCGGAACGCUUUCUGGACUUGCCUUCUUGCAAGACAGACAGGAUUUGAGGUCGCAAAUGCGCAUCACAAAUUAUCAGACGGAUACGCUUUCGAUAUGGGGAGGGGGGAUUUUUCCUUUGGAUAGAAAGCGCACGAGGAGAAGGAUGCCGAUAAGAAACCAGAUGAGGACAACGUGCCCAAGGGGGCAAUACCAAGUUACUUGCUGGACAGGGAACAGCAGGCGCGAACGAAGGUUUUGAGUAACAUGAUCAAACAAAAGAGGAAGGAGAAAGCCGGGAAGUGGCAAGUGCCAGUGCCGAAGGUAUAGGAUUUUUUUUGUCAUGCGAAGUGGAGAUUUAAACAGCUGUUUCUGAUGCAGAUUUUGGCAUUGACAAUCAACACAUGCGUGAUCAUGAUGUUUCGCAAUUCUCUUCAGGUGAAAGCAAUGACAGAGGACGAAAUGUUCAAAAUUAUGCGAACGGGUAAGAGGAAGAAGAAAGCGUGGAAGCGCGUGGUCAACAAGGUCUGCUUCGUCGGGGAAAAUUUUACGAGGAAAAACCCAAAAUUUGAAAGGUAUGGAAAGAUUGUGCUAAUGUGAGUUUUCAUUUUGUAAUGGUGAUUUUUGCAUCAGGAUGUCGAUUUUUUUUUUACACAAAAUGGAAUUAUACUUUUCGACGCCCGUCGGCGAACAUGGUCCGCUUGUUAUGCGCAACACAAAUUAUAGAUGUCUCAAACGACGCAAUGAAUAAUACUACAGGUUUAUCCGCCCCUCGUCCCUGCGAUUCAAGAAGGCGCACGUGACGCACCCGGAACUGAAAACGACGUUUCAUCUGGAUAUUGUCGGCGUGAAGAAGAACCCGCAGUCCGGGCUGUACACCUCAUUAGGCGUGAUUACGAAGGGUACGGUAUUGGAGGUCAACGUGUCGGAGCUGGGGCUGGUCACGCAGACGGGAAAGGUCGUGUGGGCGAAGUACGCACAGGUGACAAAUAACCCGGAAAUGGACGGCUGCAUCAACGCGGUCCUGCUGGUGUAAGUGGAGUCAUGGGAGUGGAAUUGUUUCUUGGCGGUGGAAAGACAAAAUUUCUUCACACAGUGGCAAGAAGAGGUUGAAGAAGUUGUCCACGUGCUCACACUCUUACUACGCUUUAAACGGAUGCGAAAAAGCUGUUUGCUCCACUGCGAGUCGCGAUUUUUUCUGAAUGCGAAAAAGAGG